GGGGUGGCCAGCCCCGGCAAUUGGGAGCGCCUGAGGCCGCUGCAGCCGGACACGCUGCGUGUGAGUGAGGCACCAAUGAUCAACCUGAAUGGGCAGGAGGGGACACAGCUUGUGAAAAAAACUUCAGCAGGCAAAAGGCCUCGAUUUGAUGCAUCCUUGGUGCUUUUGACACGAAAAUUUAUGGCUCUUCUCAAAAAAGCUCCAAAUGGUGUCCUUGAUUUAAAUGAAGUUGCAACAACACUUGGAGUACGAAAACGAAGAGUAUAUGACAUCACCAAUGUGUUGGAUGGAAUCGACUUGAUUCAGAAAAGAUCUAAGAAUCUUAUCCAGUGGAUAGGUAACAAUCUUGACCAAGUUGUUGGAAAAGCACCAGAGCAGCAAAACCUUAAAGAUGAACUUUCUGACUUAUCAGCCAUGGAAGAAGCUCUGGAUGAAUUAAUCAAGGAUUGUGCUCAUCAGAUAUUUGAACUAACAGAUGACAAAGAAAAUGCAAAACUAGCUUAUGUGACAUACCAAGAUAUCCGAAGCAUUCAGGCAUUUCAGGAACAGAUUGUGAUCGCAAUCAAAGCUCCAGAGGAAACCAAAUUGGAAAUACCAGUUCCUAAAGAUGAUCACAUAGAAGUACAUGUGAAGAGCACAAAAGGACCCAUUGACGUGUAUCUAUGUGAGGUGGAAAAAGACAAGCCAGAUGCCAAAACUUAUGAAGAUACAGUCACUAGUGAAACUGAGACAUCAUUUUAUCCCGAUGAAGUGAGAUCUCCGAUGGAAGAGAAAAAACCAUUUGAGAUGCCAGAUUAAUUACAACCCAAAAAUCUAAUACAGAAUGUAAAUAUCUGUGUUAUACAGCUUUUCCAUAGCUGCUUGGAUCUGCAAACUUAGGAACCUGAAAUUUCCAAAGUGUUUUCAAAAGCCAGCAGUGGAUUGGUUGAGUGCUUUCACAGGAUUGCUUAUCUUCCCAAGUCAAAAGACAACAGUUUCUGGAGUUGAAUUUAGGAGCUUUCUCUUAAUUGCAUGUGAUCUACAGAACUUUGGGAAAACAGCAUUUUUACCUUAUAAUUUUAAUUGAGAGAAAACAUAGAUAAUCAAUGACUUCCAAAAAGGAAGGUUGGAGAACUAUUUCUGGAACUGUCCACAGUCUGUUAUGAGAAUGUAUAAAAUGAAGAAAUGCACUUUCUAGUUCUGAGGCUGCACUACUAAGCAGGAUUGUCAAAUAUGAGUAUAACAAAGAACUGGUGUAUUGGAAGCCUUUGCUAUAAAGAACAAGAUGUAAAUAUCCUGAGAGUUAUGCCUUACAUUGUGUAGGUGCUGUUUGCAUCCAGCUCUACAUGAACUAUGGUAUCAAUACUGAAGUGAAAUAACUGGGCUUUGUGUACAUAUUUGUAUCAUUACUAGGUAGUUACUGAUGUACAUUUAUUGAGAUGGUUUUCAUUUCUGCCUUUGUACAGCAAAGAAAUAAAUUAAGCUUACCAAAAUAAGAAAUAGUUUAAUGAAAUAUGUUGGGUUGCCUUUGCUGCAAUUUACAGAGAAACUACAAACAUCUUAAAGUAUGUGAAAAUUUAAAAUCUGUUUUCAUGGUGCUGUCAGAUAACACUUCAAUCUGGAUCUUGUGAUGCCACAGUACUGUAGCAAUUUUCAGAAGAAUGAUCAGUAAGUACUUAAAUUGGUCCCUUCCAGUUUCUGGAGUUUACAUACAGCAGAGCUUUAGCUGAGUAUCAUGAUGUUUUUGUGGCUCAGCUUGCAAAAAUAUGUAAAAUACUUUAGGACUACGUCUGUAUUAUCCAUCUCUCUAUCCAUAAAACAGAGCUGUGGAACUUGGAUACUGGACUUUCCAAGGGAGUGGACUGUCACUGUACAAAUGCAAUUCUUGGGCUCGCUUCAUCCCAGUAUCAAACUGUACACCAGAGGUUUCUGUAGGGGUGGGUUGGCAGGUUCAGUUUUAAAUGGGAAGUCCAAGUCUUUGUUUUCCUGAUCACACCGUAUUGACAACUAUACAUCUACUCACAAGUGAGAACAUCAAAGCUAAUUAACCCCUGAAUGUUCUAGCCAGCAACUCUACAGCUAUUUUAGACAGAUGCAGUGAAAUUAAAUGCCCUGUGUUCUACAAUGCAAAUAAGGUGGCACAGGUGACACUGAUGAGCGUACAUAUACCUAAAUAUAGAUUGAGAGUUAAUUCAGUUUUUCACAAGGUUCUGUAAAAUGCAUAGUAGUAUACUAUGCAAACUGGGUAAAAAAUGCCAAGUGUAAGCUUGUGUCAGAAAGUAAUCUUGAAUUUUUAUGUAUGUCCUACCAACUUCUGGCUCCAGAACACAGGACUUCAAUAUAGGAUGCUGUUUUUCUGUCUAUGAAAUUCAAACUACAGGCUGAGCUGUAAUAAUUAUAAAUGAAAUCAGUGACAGCACAGUUAAUACAUAGAACAUGGUAAAAAUAAGGAAGGUGCUCCUCCAGUGAAGCCGGGAGUGAGGAUUAAAACCAAGAAAGCUUUUUUUUUUGCACAGGAAGAUUUCCUUCAGUGACUGGUUUCUUUUCAGAUGGCAAACUCUCUAUUUGAUGUUUUACACUGCUGUUCUGUUUUGGUGGGUGGGGAGGUCUGCAAAAGAGAAGCAUUGUUUCCUCCUACACUAAUGCAACAACUCAGGAGAAUGUUUACCAUAAAAUGUGUAAAAAAUUCCAACACUUACAGCUAAUUCUGAAUGCUGUUUGUUGGGGUGGGUUUUUGUUACAUGAUCAUAAAAUCCUAGAAUGGUUAGGGUUGGAAGAGACCUUAAAGAUCACGUAGUUCCAACGCCCGCCUUUGGGCAGGGACACCUUCCCUUACAUCACAGAAUUAUUAAGGUUGGAAAGGCCCCCAAGAUCAUCAGCUCCAACCUUUGACCAAGCACCACACUGUCAACUAGACCGUGGAACUGAGUGUCAGAUCCAGUUGUUCUUUGAACUCCCCCCGGAGUGGUGACUCCACCACCUCCCUGGGCAGCCUAUUCCUGUGCUUCACAGUUCUUUCAGUGAAGAAAUUCUUCCUGAUGUCCAGCCUGAAUUUCCUCUGGUGCAGCUUUCCUCAUUUCCUCAUUGCCAUUUCCUCGUAUCGUGGUUGCUCACAGCCCCAUCCAGCCUAGUCUUGAAUACUUCCAGAGAUAAGGCAUCCACAGCUUCUCUUGGCAACCUGUC